CAGGGCCGCCGCCCGCACGCCCUCCGGCCGCUGCCCCCGGUCCCGGACUCCGCGGCAGCGCGCAGCCCGCGUCCCCAGGGAUCAUGGCCCAGGUAGCGAUGUCCACCCUGCCCGUUGAAGAUGAGGAGUCUUCGGAGAACAGGAUGGUGGUGACCUUCCUCGUGUCUGCCCUCGAGUCCAUGUGUAAGGAGCUGGCCAAGUCCAAGGUGGAGGUGGCCUGCAUCGCCGUGUAUGAGACAGACGUGUUCGUGGUGGGCACCGAGAGGGGAUGCGCCUUCGUCAACGCCAGGAAGGAUCUGCAGAAGGACUUCGCCAGAUACUGCCUCGUGGAGGAGCCAAGUGAGGCGAAGCCCCCCCGCCCUGCCCGCGGGCCGCAGGCGUCCUCAGGAGAAGCAGAGGCUCUCAGGAAAGCAGUCGGGGACCACUUCUGCCUCUGUUACGCCGCGGGUAGCGUCCUCACGCUGUCCACGGCUUGCCCUCUAGGGAAGGCGCUGGGGACCACAGCGAUGGUGCCUGUCCCGUACGAGCAGAUGCUGCGCGACCAGGCGGCUGUGGAGGUGCAGGGCCUCCCAGAGGGGCUCGCCUUUCAGCACCCCGAGAAUUACGACCUCGCCACCCUCAAGCGCAUCCUGGAGGACAGAGCGGGGAUCUCGUUCAUCAUACACAGACCUUUCCUAGGUCCCGAGAGCCAGCUGGGUGCCCAUGGGACGGUAGCAGACUCCGAGAGAACAGUACUGUCACCAAAGGAAAGCUGUGGCGCCAUCAGUGUGAAAACUGAACCCAUGGACGAUUCUGGGAUUUCCCUGAAGGCAGAAGCUGUAUCCGUCAAGAAGGAGUCGGAGGACCCCUGCUACUGCCAGCACCACGUGCCAGAAGGCGACUGUUCUUCCACAAGCAAUGAAGAAAUGGAAACGGAAUUACCAAUGGAAGAGUCUGCCCAGCUGGUUUGUGCAGACACAAACGAGGACCCCAAAGGCCACGUGAAGGUCGAAGGAAACACAAAUUCAUUCAGUAUUACGAAUUCUGCAGCUGGUGUUGAAGAUCUUAAGAUUGUACAGGUGGCAAUUCCAGAUAACGAGAAAGAAAAAUUAUCAAGCAUUGAAAAGACUAAACAGCUACGAGAACAAGUCAAUGACCUCUUUAGCCGAAAAUUUGGUGAAGCGAUUGGCGUGGACUUCCCUGUGAAAGUUCCCUACAGGAAAAUCACCUUCAACCCGGGCUGCGUGGUGAUCGACGGCAUGCCCCCGGGUGUGGUGUUCAAAGCCCCUGGCUACCUGGAGAUCACCUCCAUGAGAAGGAUCUUGGAGGCUGCAGACUUCAUCAAAUUCACAGUCAUUAGACCGCUUCCAGGCCUCGAGCUCAGCAAUGUGGGAAAGCGGAAGAUCGACCAGGAGGGCCGCGUGUUCCAGGAGAAGUGGGAGCGCGCCUACUUCUUUGUGGAGGAGCAGAGCAUCCCCACGUGCCUCAUCUGCAAGCAGAGCAUGUCGGUGUCCAAGGAGUACAACCUGCGGAGACACUACCAGACCAACCACAGCAAGCACUACGACCAGUACACGGAGCACAUGCGCGACCAGAAGCUCCGCGAGCUCAAGAGGGGGCUGCGCAGGUACCUCCUGGGCUCCCCUGAGGCCGGCGCCUCAGAGCAGAAGCAGACGCUGCCCAGCGCGGGGCGCCCCGACAGUGCGACCGAGCAGCCCGCCGAGGACGUGGCCGGCAGCUUGUGGGAGAAGCUGCGUGAGAAGCUGCGCUCGUUCGUGGCCUACUCCCUGGCCAUCGACGAGAUCACGGACAUCAACAACACCACCCAGCUGGCCAUCUUCAUCCGCGGCGUGGACGCGGGCUUCGACGUGUCCGAGGAGCUCCUGGAUACGGUGCCCAUGACGGGCACCAAGUCCGCCAAUGAGGUCUUCUCGCGCGUGGAGAAGAGUCUCAAGAAGUUCAACAUCGACUGGUCGAAACUAGUGAGCGUGGCCUCCACGGGCACCCCCGCCAUGGUCGAUGCCAACAGCGGCCUCAUCACCAAACUGAAAUCCAAGGUGGCCACGCUGUGCAAGGGCUCGGAUCUGAAAUCCGUCCGCUGCAUCAUCCACCCAGAGUCCGUCUGCGCCCAGAAGCUAAAGAUGGACCACGUCAUGGAUGUGGUGGUGGACUCGGUGAACUGGGUCUGCUCCCGGGGGCUGAACCACGGCGAGUUCACCACGCUGCUCUACGAGCUGGACAGCCAGUACGGCAGCCUCCUCUACCACACCGGCAUUAAGUGGCUCAGCCGCGGGCUGGUGCUCAAGAGGUUCUUUGAGUCUCUGGAGGAAAUCGACUCCUUCAUGUCCUCCCGAGGGAAGCCGGUGCCCCAGCUGAGCUCCAAAGACUGGAUCCGGGACCUGGCCUUCCUGGUGGACGUAACCAUGCACCUGAACACCCUGAACAUCUCCCUCCAGGGCCAUUCGCAAGUCGUCACGCAGAUGUACGACCUGCUGCGCGCCUUCCUGGCCAAGCUGUGCCUCUGGGAGACGCACCUAGCCAGGAACAACCUGGCCCACUUCCCCACGCUGAAGUCGGUGGCCAGACACCAAGGCGACGGCCUCAACUACGUCCCCAGGAUCGCGGAGCUGAAGACGGAGUUCCAGAAACGACUGUCCGACUUCGAGCGCUACGAGAGCGAGCUGAGGCUCUUCAGCGCCCCGUUCUCCACCGGGAUUGAGAGCGUGCGCGAAGAGCUGCAGCUGGAGGUGAUCGACCUGCAGUGCAACUCGGCGCUGAAGGCCAAGUACGACGAGGUGGGCGUCCCCGAGUUCUACAGGCACCUCUGGAGCAGCUACCCCAGGUACCGCAGCCACUGCGCCAGGGUCCUCUCCAUGUUCGGCAGCACCUACGUCUGCGAGCAGCUCUUCUCCAUCAUGAAGCUGAGCAAGACCAAGCACUGCUCCCAGCUGAAGGGCUCACAGUGGGACCCCGUGCUCCACGUGGCUUCUUGACGAAGGGACAGCUGCCGGCCAGGCCCCACGGCAGGAAGCUUAGGAUGUCCCUGACCCGGGACUGGAAGACGAGGACGUGAACUAUUAAGCAUUUUGAUUAUUCCAGGGUUUUUUCUUUUCCACUUUGAAAUGGAAGUGUAAUUUGCAGCAUCAUACCUGUUUGUACGGCAUUUUAUGCUUCCCUGUAGUUGAGUAAAAGUCAACCAAGUUUUACUGUAUUUUUCUGCUCAGUGACUCCACCGGCCUGGCCUGCUUCACCCAUGGGCCUGACCCGCCCCUCCCCCCAGGCACUGUGGUCGGCAUCUCCAAGCCUCAGAGAGUGGGUGACCUGCUGAGGCUACUUGCACACCCACUGGUCAUCCUGCCUGUUUGCAUGGUGUCCCACGUGGCCUGACACAUUCCCAGGCGUCAGGAGGACGGCUGGUGACCUAAUUACAGAGUAGAGCCCUCCUGUGAAGUUCUGCCUCUGUGAAGCAAGAAAGGUCAGGCUUAAAAUGGAAACUCUCCAAACCAGUAACACCCAUAGCCAAGGCAAAAUAAGCUGAGCUUUGAAGGUUGUUUUUUUUUUUUUUUUUUAAGAAAAAAAAAAGAACUUUAUUUUGAAUAAUUUCAGAUUUAUGGAAAAGUUUCAAAAAUAAAAAUAGCAUGAAGAACACUCUUGCACCCA